AUGGCAAAUCGUAACACUGCACAUCCAUCCCUCAUGUACGCCCGUGUCUCGUCCGCCGCGCGCCGCCGCCCUGUGCUCCUGCAGCCCGUCUGGACCCGCGCGCCGCUCAGCACGAGCACACGCGCUCUCCACGAGCACCAGCACUCCGGCAGCCCGCCGCCAACACCCCGUGUUCCACCCCAGUCCGGCUGGUCCAAAGUGAAGGACUUUUUCAACCCGCACCUCCCGAUAUCGCAUCUCGGCGGCCACUCGCACUCGCACGCGGCCCCGCACGCGCACUCGCACGGCGCCGACGCGUCGAAGCUCUACGACACCAAGGACUGGGCCAACGAGGGCGUCAAGAUCACCUGGGUAGGACUCGGAGUUAACGUCGCCAUGGCCGUGUCCAAGUUUGCCGGCGGGCUGUACUUCCACUCGCAGGCUCUCGUUGCCGACGCCGUCCACGCCCGAGCUGUAUCCGUUUGGCUUCGGCAAGGUGGAGACGCUCGGCUCGUUUUUCGUGUCGGCGAUUCUGCUGUACGCGGGGCUCCAGAUCGGCUGGGGCUCUCUGAUCGACAUCCUGACGCCGGUCUUGCCGCACAGCGUCAUGGACGUGCUGGCGUACUUGCCCGUCCACUCGCACAGCCACAGCCACACGCACGACGCAGGGCACGCGCACGACGCGGCGACACAGACCGUCCAGACCGCAGACAUCAACGCCGCGUGGUUGGCGCUGGCGUCCAUCGCCGUCAAGGAGUGGCUGUUCCGCGCGACCCGCAACGUGGGCGUGCGGCUCAACUCCAAGGUGCUGAUUGCCAACGCGUGGCACCACCGCGUCGACUCGCUCACGUCGGUUGUGGCGGUGCUCACCAUCUCGUCGGGCUACUUCCUCAACAUCUACUGGCUAGAUUCCGUGGGCGGCCUGAUAGUGUCGGUGCUGGUGAUGAAGGUGGGCAUUUCCGGGAUGUUCCAGUCGUUCAAGGAGCUCAUCGACAAGGCGCUGCCGGCGUCGGACCCGCGCUACCAGAGCCUGCGCGAGCUCACCGACGCGCAGCUUGCGCGCGAAAACGGCAACCUCAAGGUGAAAAAGCUGUCCGUGCUGCCGUCGGGCACCAACCUCAACGUGAUCGUCGACGUCUCGGCCAACCAGAAGGACUACACCAACCACCUCACGCUCGAGCAGAUGAGCCACAUCGGCGAGAGCCUCAAAAAACAGCUCAAGCUCAACCACGACAACCUCAAGACCGUGUCGGUGCAGUUUGUGCCGCACGAGGACAAACACUAGAUUCUGUAUUAAAUGCUACUUCCCGAGCCACACUUCUUGCCGCCGUCUGCAACGAGGCGGCCUGUAAACAUGUCCAUCUGCGCCGGGUCCACGCCAAAGCCCAGCGCGCCCGUGCGCACGUACACGUACAGCUUGUGCCCGGCGAAAAAAAGCGCAACCACGAACGCCCCCAGAUACACCUUGAAGAACUUCUCUGCGCUCGCGGCGCCCUCAACGGGCAGCACGGCGAUCCACAGCUGCGCCGCCAGCACCACCACGCCGAAGCCAAAACACACGUACGCGCCCCACAGACCCGUGCGCGACACGUAGCACAGGUCACGUGUGCUCUGCCCGUGCGCGGCAAGGCCGCUGCGGAAGCGGAUCAGCGAGAACCCGAUCGAGCACCACGUCAGCAGCGAGCUGAGCCCGGACAGCGCGAGCAGCCACGAAAACAGGAUCUGUGCGCCGUUGCCGACCAGCGACACGUAGCUCAGACACCCGAACGCCAGCGUCACGCCGAUGGCCACCAUCGGCCGGCCGCCCUGGUCAACAAAGCCGAAGCAGCGCGGCGCCAUGCCUGCCUUGGCCAGCGACACCAGCGUGCGCGACGUGGCGUAGAUCGCCGAGUUCCCCACCGACAGGAUGGAAAUCAGGAUCGCCACGUUCAUGAUCGACGGGAGCACGGGGAUUCCCGCGUUGCGGAUCGCAAUCACGAACGGCGAGCUGUUGGCGCCCCCCUCGCCGCGGGCCACGAGCCGCGGCUCGUUGUACGGCACCAGCAGCCCGACCAGGGUGAGCGAGCUGAUGUAGAAGAACAGAAUCCGCCAGAACACCUGUUUGGACGCCUUGGGGAUCGACUUGACCGGGUUUGGUGUUUCUGCUGCGCACAGGCCGCACAGCUCUGUGCCGCUAAAGCUGAAGGCGGCGGUGACAAACACGGCGACAAUGCCCUUGAACCCUGCUGGCGUGAACGGCCCCGGGUCUUUCCAGUAGCGGUCGAGGAUGGCUGCGUGGUGGGGCACUCCGCCGAACAGGAUCACCAGCCCCGUGACCAGAAAGCCGAAAAUAGCAACGAUCUUGGUCACCGAAAACAGCACCUCGGCUAG